AUGGACUCCCAGCCGUACUGCUGCCUCUGGUAUGACCGCUGUUUGCCAAAGCCACCGGUGCCAACACUCGAUCACACCCUCGAGCGCUACCGAGAAUAUGCCGAAGUUGUCGCAGAGGGUAUGCAGCGCGACAUUCAAGGCACCUUGAAUGCUGUAGAAGAAUUCCGAAAAAAUGGCGCGAUCUAUCAACAACGACUGGAAAAAAUCGCUGAGGGAGAACCGAACUGGAUAAAUCAAUUUUGGCUGCCAGAGAUGUAUCUACGGAUUAGACUUCCCUUACCAGUCAACUCAAGUCCAGCUUAUAUAUUCCCUCAGCAGUAUUUCAAAAAUGACGAUGAUUGGUUGAGAUAUGCCGCCCUUAUGAUUAGAGGAAUGGUUGAAUAUAAGGAUAAAAUUGACACGAAGCAACUGGAACGAGAAGUUUCCACCGGUAAAGUCAAAGUGAAGAUAUGUAUGCAGCAAUAUGACAGGAUUCUAUCGUGCUACAGGCGCCCCAGCCUGGAAGAAGAUGUACAGAUUGUCAAAGAAAAGCGUAACAAUGGCAACGAGCAUAUAUUAGUAAUGAGUAGAGACCAGGCUUUUAUUGUGCACACACGCACUAGUGGACGUCUUCUGUCCUUUGCCGACAUCCUCUUCCAACUGCAACAAGUGAUUCGCAUGUCCGAAGCAAGAAAAGGCCUCGUAGUACCCGUUGGUGCUGCGGCAGCUGGAGAUCGGGAAACCGCAGCUCGUUUUUGGGAUAUACUUUGUGAAGUCGACGUAAAUUGCGUUUCUCUCACAUGGGCACAAGAAGCUCUAUUCGUAGUAUGUCUUGAUGAUGAGGAUCGAAAAUCAAUACCGCCAAGGACUUGGCCGAAAACAGAAGAUCAUGAAAGGGAUCUUGGCGCAAGAGGAAAGCAUAUCCUGACAGGCGGAGGCAGUCGUGGACACGGACUCAAUCGAUGGUACGAUUCCACUAUUCAGCUAGUUGUCGGCAGCAGCGGUACGAAUGGUUUAUGCAUAGAGCAUUCUUCGGCGGAGGGAAUAGUCAUCAUCAACAUGGCAGAAAGCGCACUUCGAUAUGAACGAGAAAAUAGGAAACGGACAUUGAUAUACGCAGCAGAGCGAGAAAUUUGCGCGAAACCGCUCACUUGGCAUGUAGACAAUACUGCACUGGGACUGCUGGAAAAGCAGAAGGCAACACUGGAUGAGUUAUCGCGAGAGCUUGAUCUGAAUCCGUUGGUCUUCAAAGACUUUGGAAGAGAUUUUAUUAAAUCGAUGAAGUUUAGUCCGGAUGGAUUUAUUCAACUUGCACUUCAGCUAGCUCAUUUUAAAUUACACGGUUACCUGGUCUCGACGUAUGAGUCGGCUUCUCUUAGGCGAUUUCGAGCAGGUCGCGUGGAUAACAUUCGAGCAAACACUAGGGAAGCCCUUGCUUGGGUAAAAGCGAUGACCAGCGACACCUCAAAGGAGACGAAGUUGGAUUUGAUGAGAAGAGCGGCCGAAAAGCAGGCAAACGUGACGCUAGAGAACACUGCUGGCCUUGGAAUAGACAACCACUUAUGUGCACUUUCUGUGAUAGCCAGACAAUCUCUAGAAAGCGGUGAAACUCGCCAACUGCUUAAACUUUUCACGGAUUCGAUGUGGAACGAACUUAUGCGUUUUCCGCUCUCCACAAGCCAGGUGACCACAUCGCCAGACAUCUCGGACUGCUACUUAUGCUAUGGUGCUGUCGUUCGUGACGGAUAUGGUUGCUCAUACAACCUCCAAAAGGAUCUCAUAAUUUUUGCCCCUUCAGCAUUCAAAUCGAACCCUCGAACCAAUCUGUCAGCUUUCAAAGAUUCAAUUCGAGAAGCUCUUUAUGACAUGAAACAGCUGUUGAUGAGUUGA